UCUGGACGUACGACUCUUUAUGAAACGAGCCCCAGGUGUAGUGUCAAAUUUACACAAACUUGACCUAAUUUCUAUUGUUAUCUCAUCGAAAUGUUACAGGUAUACAAUAUUUUCAAAAAUCUAGAACGCCAAGAUGAGUAAGAAAUGGUUCCCACCCCAAUCCGAUUUGGAGAAGGGCGUGAAUGGGCUUCACAUCAAUGACGUCACACCCGACACUGUGGCCACGUCAUCACGUUUCUCCUCUCCCCCUGGUCCCAAAACAGAGGCCCUGGUACCGCCCAUCUAUCAUUCAUCCACGUAUAAACUGCAAUCCGUCGAUGAUUAUCUCAAGAUCCUGGAGGAGGGUGGAUACAUUUACUCGAGGUUGGGUAACUUCACGAACGAUUCCGUCUGCGCCGUCAUUAACAGCUUAGAAGGUGGAAAGGGGAGCCUGGUGUUCAGUACCGGAAUGGCGGCCAUAUCUACGGCCUUGUUAUGUUUUCUGAAAAGUGGUGAUCAUAUAGUGGUAAACAACCCUUGUUACAGCGGGACUUACGACAUAGUGGUGAACAUCCUGCCACGGUAUGGAAUCGAACACACCUUUGUCACCACCGGGUGUCCAGUGGAAGAGUAUAGAAAACACAUCAAACCUAACACUAGGAUGUUGUAUGGCGAGACUCCCUGUAAUCCAAACAUGGCCAUCCUUGACCUGGAAGAGUUCGGUAAACUUGGGAGAUCACUGGACAAUGUUCUGACCAUAGUGGACAGUACUUUUGCCAGUCCCUACCUACAACCCGUCAUCAAACACGGAAUCGAUAUAUCAAUGCAUAGUUGUACCAAAUACCUGGGAGGCCACAGUGACCUUGUGGCUGGUUGUCUGACCUUUGCAUCCGUGGAUCUCUGGAAAACCAUGAUUCACUAUCAAACCACUCUGGGGACUUCAAUGUCUCCCCACGAUGCAAGUCUUCUCCUUCGCGGAAUUAAAACUCUGCCAAUACGUAUGGAGAAACACAGUUCGAAUGCGCAAAAAGUGGCCGAGUUCUUGGAAAAGCAUCCUAAGGUUCAAAAGGUGAUGUAUCCCGGUCUCCCGUCCCACCCCCAGCACCAGAUCGCUAGGAAACAGAUGAAGAUGUUCAGUGGCAUGAUCGCCGCGGAGAUCAGGGGCGGUGUCCAAGGAGGCAAGAUCCUAGUAGAGAAUGUGCGACUUGUUCAACUGGCUGUCUCGCUAGGAGGAGUGGAAAGUCUCAUCGAACACCCAGCGACGAUGACGCAUGGUCCCAUGUUGAUGACGUCAGAAGACAGGUUGAGUGGGGGUAUAACCGACGGACUCGUUAGAAUAAGCAUUGGUAUUGAGGAUCCUGAUGACCUCAUCAAGGACUUGCAGCAAGCGCUGGACAAAAUUCCAGAAAACGUCAUCGGUUAAGAACCGAACUAUUUUAGUUAUCAUCUAUUCAAUCAUCUGGCAGAACUAAAUUAGAAUAAUACCCUAUAUAAACUAAA